GGUAUUUCUCCUAACAUUUUAGCCGUUGGAACUGUUAGCCGUUGCUAGCAUAUGUUGUUAAGCCGGCUCGUACUCAGAGAGCGUUAAGUUACAGUACACUGACGUUACAUCGUAUUUAUUUCAGUCCAUGCCUGGUUACCGGUUACCGGAGCGAGCCAACGGGACCAGGCCGAUAACGACCCGGCAGCCGGCAGCAGCGGCGGACAGGACGCGCCAAGCCAAAGGAGACGCGGUGUCUCCGGAGCUGAAUCCAGACAGGAGGGAUCCUGUUAAACAGGACCAAGUGUGGAAAGAGAUGGUGUGGAGUGAGAGGAGAGGAGUGCGGGAAUGGGAGAAGAACUGGAACUUCCUCAGGAACUAUGAUCAGAUGGGCCAGCUGAAGUCAGAGGAGCCUUUACCCAGCUACGUGUCGCUCUUCUCUGACCGCGUCCCCAACACCACCAACCAGAUGUUUGGCAGCAGACUGUCCACUCAGCUGGGGAGUGAUCUGGUCAGACUGGACAGGCUGUUACUCUGGUCUGGAGGCAAUCACAAGCGCAAGCUGGAUCCAGAGAUGCUGCCCUGCUAGACAGCUCUGAAGAUGAGCCACUUGUCAUCAAGACCUCUGCACAUCAGGGUUUUCUUUUUGGGAAUCUACAGACUGCAUUGUCUUUAUGUGGAGCUUCGAUGAUUAUAAGUUUGGCAUGGUGUGGCACUCAUCAUAGCUCAGCCUAAGUGAGUUUAGAUUCCAUGUUAUUUUUCUUUUUUGAUCAUUUCACUGGUGAUACAGACAUAUGAAGCCAUAUCAGUGAGGGAGUCAGGAUUAACAAGAGAACAAUGUUUUCUCUCAUACAUCUGCUAAUUCUUCAAAUAUUUGAUUAUUUCAUAUUGUACUUUAUGUCCAGAAAUGUAGUCUUUUGUUUGGGUACUUCUUAGCGGCAGAAAAGGUUACAUGCAAGAGUAGACUAUAGAGUUAAUGUAGAAGACGAUAAAGACAAGUGAGAAGAGAAGACACCAGCAGAUCAGAUUCAUGUCAUCCGAGCUCCGUCAGGUGUUUAAUCAGAUACUUGAUAAUCUAACAAGAUACCUGAUCAAAUUUGGAUGAGAGAAAGGUUGUAUCACCACUUCAUUUCUUUGUGCACUCAAAUUGAGCUGCACAGACAAACAAAAAAACUUUAGCAUACAGUUUAAAAGCAGCUCCUUACUUACCCAUGCUGCAGGAAUAAGUCUAUAUCUUAUAUCUUAUUUUUGGUGUUAAAUUGGUUUAUUUUUUUAAAAUGAAAUGUUUAAAAUAGCUGUUACAUAUUGUCAAAUGUUUACCAGGACCUCUAAGCCAUUGUUCCACGGUGGAGGAAUUACAUCAAUUUAUUUUUGUGUGAUUUUCACAAUGAUGUAGCUUACACUUGUCUGCACUUUAUGUGAGCAGCAGCAUAUCUCAGGUUGUUGUAGCCUACUGUAGCAGCUCUAAAAGGCCAUUCUGUAUAUUGUUAAGUCAUCAUAAAUCACUGCCCCUUUGGUCUAAAUUUAAAUCAAAAUGUUGGUCCCCAGUUUAUUUGAGAAAUCUGUACA